UAUUUCUCAAAACGCGUGUCUGGCCUCAUCAAAAAUCAGCUAAUCCAACAAAACACUAUGUCUCCAUCUAGUCUCAGCCCUGUCCUCAUAACUGGUGGUAAUGGCUUCAUCGCCUAUCACAUUAUUGCUAAACUCCUGGCCGAAGACCCCAACUGCACCAUCCACUGUAUUGACAUCAACACCACCCGCAACAUUCACGCCUCCGACUCUGUCACCUACCACCAGGGCGAUCUCUCUUCGCUUGCAGACGUCUCACGCAUUAUGGAGCUUGCUCGCCCCGUGACAAUCUUCCAUACCGCAUCCCCCGAGUUCUCGGAGGCCCCCGAAUCCGCCUACCACGACGUUAUUGUCACAGGAACCCACCACCUCCUGAACAGCGCCGCGUCGAUCGGCACCGUCAAAGCCCUUAUAAAUACGUCUACGUCGGGCGUCAUCAAUGACAACCACACCGACCUGGUCAAUGGCACGGAGGACAUGCCGAUCCUGCGACCCCCGGUGCAGAAACGCCUCUAUUGCCUCGCCAAAGCAGACGCAGAAGAAGCCAUCCAAGCCGCCAACCGCCAGCACGGCUUUCUCACCUGCGCGCUUCGCCCGUGUCUUGCCUUCGGCGAACGGGACACGAAUUCCAUGGGAAAAAUGGUUGCUGUUGCACGUGCCGGCCGCUCCCGGUUCCAGAUGGGAUAUGGCAAGAACGCGUACGAUUUCGUGUACGUCGGCAACCUUGCAGAUGCGCAUCUCCUUGCGGCGCAUGCGUUGAUUGACGCUCAUGCCAAUCCGCCUCUCCCUGCGGACCGUCGUGUUGAAGGGGAAGUGUUCAACAUCACGAACGGUGAGCCGUGGCUGUUUUGGGAUUUCCAGCGAGAGAUCUCGAAACAGUUAGGUUUUCCCAUUCAGGAAAAAGAUAUUGUGGUCAUUCCGAAGUGGGUCGGGUUGUUGAUUGGGUUCGUGAGUGAAUGGUUGGUUUGGCUGCUUAGUGGGGGGUCAAAGGUGGCGAAUUCAACGCGCGAGGGCAUUCGAUUUAGUACGUUGGAGAGAACGCUGAAUUGCGAGAAAGCGCGAAGGGUGCUGGGGUAUCAGCCUAGGGUCGGCAUGCAGGAAGGUAUUGAGAGGGGGGUUAGGUGGUUUAAGGAGAAUCCGGAGGCUAUUCCAUAG